GUUUUGUUCUGCGCGUGUGUGCCCUCUCUGUGAGCAUGCCUGUCCAGUAUAGUCAGCCCAUGCCCUUCUGAAGGCCUCCCGCCCACCCAUUGCCAUCGUAUCGACACCAUAGUAUCGACAUCGCCCGGCAAAGCCAGUGGCGGCAAAGGACCAUGCCGACCGCCGCCAGUCUUGAAGAUAAGGCCGCCGACGCGCACCUUGCCCCGCCGUGCCCAGCCAGUGACCAAAAAGGCAGCAGCAUCCCAGCCGUGGCGCGGCAAGUGGCGCGGCUGACCAUUUUCGACUGGGACGACACCCUCUUCGCCACCACGGCCAUCAUGACGGGGCCGCUCUCGGUGAGAAAAUGGCAGAUCUGCCGUCUGCAUUGUACUGGGGAGAUGUUUGCACUGGUGGGUGGGUGAUGAGAUGGGUGGGUGGGUGUGUUGUGUGGUGUGUGCAGCAUGGUGGUGAGGAGAGCGCGAUUCGCAAGGCCCUGAAGGCGUUUUUCAAGAAGGCGGGCCAGCAGAUGGCGGCACUGGACGCGGCGGCCAGCAAGGCCAUGGAGAGGGCCGUGGCCGAGGGGAAAGUCAUAGUCAUAACCAAUGGCGAGACGGUACGCCCGCAUGACGCGCCAACCGACCAGAGAGAGACACACACACAGAGAGACACCAUCCAUCCAUCCAUCCGUUGUGUGCUUUGUUGCGUUGUGGGGAUCAGGCGUGGGUGAGGUUGUCGGCUGGGUUCAUGCCGCUGCUGCAGAAGGUCAUGGAGAACAACACCGUCCGAGUAGUGUCGUCGCGCGAGGCCUUCAGCAAAGACUACCCAAACCGAUCGGAUCUGUGGAAGGUCAGAUCACCACACACACACCACACCACAAGAGGGGGAGGGGGCAAGGAGAGAGGCGGAGAGAGGGAGUAUGUCCAUUUUGUGUGUUGUUGGGUGUGGGGUGUGGUGUGCGCAGAUAUACACGUUUGCGCGCGAGAUCGGCAAGAUGCGGCCCCUGGACAUGGCCAUCACCAUUGGCGACGCCCCACAUGACAUGGACGCCCUCAAGAAAUACAGGUACGUACGUACCUCAGACACAUAUGGCAUGGACGAGCCGAACAUGUGCAAACACCUGACCUGCACCCUCUCUGUGUGUGUGUGUGUGUGUUCUGUUUUUGUGUGUGUGUCAGGGGCAAGGGGUCAGGGGCGGUGGCCAAGCGCUAUGUCCGCUUCACGGGGCUGCCAGAGCCGCCGACGUUGACCAAGGUCAGAAUACAAGACAACACAACACUCACACGAACAGAGACACACGCCUCACAUCAAGGCGGUGCAUUGGGUACAUGUGUGUGUGUGUGUGUGUGUGGAAUGGUCAUCAGGAGUUGGACAAGUUGACUUCGCUGUACGACGAGAUCAUCCACCCCGCCACAAAGCACAAGAACUGGGACAUGGACGAUAUUCUACAGGUAACCUCACACGGCACGGCACGCACACAACAAACACCCCCCCUACCCAACACAGGACAUCUCUUUUUUCUGCUCUCUUUCAUAUUGAAUGCAGCUAUCGCUCCCGGAGGAUUUCGAGUACCUCCCAAUGGACGGUAUCAUCAACCCACCCCCACCCUCACCCUCACCCCCACCCCCACCAGCCAACGGCACUCCCCCAGGCACCCCCGUCGUAUCCACACACACACCGAAGCGCGGCCGCUCACCCUCUCCCCGCCUCCGCCGCCACAACAACAACAACAACCACAUGCGGCCCGCAUCGCCACCCCCACGCAAGAAUGGCGGGGGCAAGCGCAAGGUGGCCGACAAGACCAGUAGUGCCGCUGCCGAUGAGGACGAUGAGGGUCCGUGCCCGAUGGACCUGUCAGAGGACAUCGAAGGCGUGGACGAGGUGGCGAAUGAUCGGAGCAAGAAGGCCAAGAGCAAGGCGAAGGGCACGGGAGGUGGGAUGGGCAAGACACGUGAGGUGGAGGGGGACGAGGUGGUCGUGGCCGGGGAUGAAGAGGAGGGAGAGGGGGGCCGCGAGAGCGACGCCACGCCCCAGCGGCAGCUCAAGAAGCUCCGCCGGCUCACCCAGCAGCGGGCCGGCGUGAUCCGCAUGAGCAUGGGGGGUGGUGAUGGUGCCGACGAGGGCAGCAAGACGCCCCAGUUCGGCGCUGCCACCCCCUCUGCCGGCGCACGGUCGUCGUGCCGCACGCCGUCGCCGUCGAAGCGGGGCAAGACGCGGCUGGGCGAUCCCCCCGCCACACCGCGGUACGACUUCCGCCACAAGCGGUCGUCCUAGAUAGCGAAUUUCGAUAGUAUACCAUCAUGAUAUGAUACAGGCAGGGAGGCAAGGCGGGAGGGAGGGGAGGGGAGGUCUGUGCAUAUGUGUGGGUUCGUGUGUGUGGCGCGUUGUGAUGUUGAAGGCAGCUACCUGAAUGAAUGAAUGGAUGGAUGGAUGGAUGGAGGGGGGGAGGGAGGGAGGAAGGGGUGGAUGGGGGAGUGCAGGCAGCCAGGCAGGCAGGCGGGCGGGCCGAAUCUCACACGAGAAAGAUAUGAUAAGAGAGGAGGCGCUGCGCUGCUCCGCUGCUUUUCGCUCAGCUUCCCAAGGUAUAGCCGUCUGUCCGUCUGGCCGUCUGUUUGUCCUCUGCCGGAGCUCUGCAAGGCUCAUGCAUUGCAAUGCAUGAUGCCCAUGCAUUGCAAUGUCUCCCCGCUUACUCUUCGCUUCCUUUUCUUCUUCUUUCUUCUCUUGCACAUCUAGCUGCAUUGGCUGUGGUGUGAUCGUGUUGUCUUGUGUUGCGGAGGAGAGGGACAUGAAAGGCACAGAGAGAG